CCAUAAAAAUUUCCUUUUGUGAAGUCAGAAAUAGAUUUCCCAGUUCUCACUUGGGGGGUUACAAAAAGCCUCCAACUUUACAGUGUGCUGCGCAUCUCCUGCCUUUCCUGAUACAACUCCCGACCAAAUUUUAUCAUCCUGGCUGGGUGCUUCAGAGCGAUCUGCUUCCUUCUGUGAACUUCUUCGGCGUGGGGCUUUCACCUUGCCGCACAGCAGCUGCUCAUAAUGCGGUUACGCUCAUUCCUUAUUACUCUCGCUCUCGAUGUCACCGUAAUGCAGGUUGUACAAGCAUUACGGAUAAUGCCUCGCAUACCGUUGCUGGAUCGCUGGCACAAGUCAUCGGAUGAAGGCACCAGCGCUCUCUACAGAGGCUGGAAGCCAAGAGUUUGGCCAGAUGGUCUGGUCCGUUUGGACCCACGACGGCCGCCGAGUGCAAAACGCGACGGUCUACCCUCAUCAUGGGUCAUCCAACGAAUAUAUGAGGGGUCAACGUUCUUCGAUGAUUGGUCCUUUGCAACUUACCCAGAUCCAACACAUGGACAAGUCCAGUGAGUUUCCGUAGCCGCAUGACUGGCCGACUAGCCCUUCACUCUCCACAUAGAUAUGUAUCACGGCAAUGGGCAACUCAGUCCGGGAUGGUAUAUGUCAACAAUGUGGGGCAGGCGAUCAUGCAAGUUGAUCGAUG